AUGGACUUAUAUUGCGGACUGCUUAAAAUCUCGAAUUUUUAAUUCAAGAAGAAAUGGAAAAUAAUAUGGCAUAAUCAUUUGGAUCCAAUGGUUCGAAAAAGCCCUUGGAAUGAAACAGAGGAAUUUGUGUUUAUUUAAGCACAUAAAAUACAUGGUAACAAGUGGGCAGAGAUUGCUAAAAUGAUACCUGGGAGCUCUGGAGGGUUAUAGUUAAAUGCAUUAGAAUAAUUUCUAACUUAAGAUGAUCAAGCCUAAAAUGAAAUGGGCUCUAAUGAUUAGUACCUAAUUAAAAAACUGAAAGAGAGUGGGAUUUCGAUCGAGACCAUGAAUAUUUAUUUGAGAAAGAUGUACCUUGCCACAAAAAAUUCAGAUGAUAACUCACAAUAAGUUAAAUCCGGGAGUUCACCUUAAAUUAAAGAUUAGCUAGCCACAACAUCAGUAGUUAGACCAAUUUUCUAUAUUACUAAAGAGGAAUAUAAGUAAACUUAAGAGAAACUUAAUGAAUCUCAGCCGCUAAUAGAAUUUGAUGAAAAUAAUGAGUUGGAGUUUUAAAAAUUUCUAAUCGAAUCAGAGUAAUUUGGGAACAGUAUAUUAUCUGAAAAGACAUCGUUACUCUAGCAAGAAUAUAACUAAUCCAAGCUAAAUGAAGUCUUUAACAAGUAGUACAUAAGUUAAUCACUAAACUAAAGCCUUUCUAGCAAUUAAACAAUUAAUACAAGCAACUCAGUCUCAUAGUAAAGUCUCCCUCAAAUAUCAUCCAUUAUUAAUUAAGCACCCUACAUUAAUAAUCUGAGAAAUCAGAAUAAUCAAAACAUCAGGUAUAAUUCAGAACCAAGACAACAAUAAAUCAUGAUUAAUACUCAGUAUAAUACUACAGCUUGUAACUCUCCGAGUCUUCAUCCAAGCGUCAUAAAAAUAUAUAACAAUGCCUAAUUGGGCAUUCAACAAAUGGCUCACUUAACAAUAGUUACUUCUAACUUGAAUCAUUCCAAUUAAAGAUAUUUUUGCCAACCAAUGAGCACUAAUUAUUCUGUUCCUAAUCAGCCACUUUAAAAUUCAUUGCAGCAAAGUUUUGGGUCACAGCAUUAUCAAACUACUGUAGCUUAACCUCUAACUGAAUAAAGUAUUAAACUAUAUGACUUAAUGAACUCACUCAACAACAUCUAGAGAAGAAACUCUACAGCCACUGUUUCUCAAAUGAGCGUGCAACAAAAUACUCUAAAUAAUGUUCAAGAAAACUCAAUAGCAAUUAACUUGCCAUAACCGCAUUUGAGUGCAAAUACGUUGUAGCAGUAUCCUUAGAAAGCUCAUUUAUCAAGUAAAUCUCUUGGAUUCUUACAUAUUACAGGAGGAGGAACGACAGAUUUUUCCUCAAAAAAUUCUAUGAAUAUGAGUGAAUAGAAUUCUGAAAUUGGGGAUGUCAAUUAUCAAGUAAACAAUCAUGAAAUGUCCUUGGGUAUAUCAUCUGUUGCAUCUAAUUCUAACUAUAAUUAGAGCGAUGCCUCAUCUAUACGAAGCUUUGCCAGUGGGUUAAAACAGACAAAGUACUAACAGAAGUCGAACAUGAAGUCAAAGUUCUUUUAACAGUAAAAAUAGGAAAAAGAAUAGGAAGAAGAUGAUGAUGAUUUUGAUAGCUAUGAUGAAGAAGAUUUUUGCAAGUAGCAGAACAUCAAAAUGGAUGUUAAUUCAAGUGAUGACGAGGAUGAUAACUUAUACAAAAAUAAUAGAAACCCAAAGAAUCUGCUAAUAUAGAUGCCAUAACAGCAAAAUAUUUCUUAAAAUUAAGGCUAGUCUUAGAGUCAAUAACUUUAGCCUAAUUUCCUUCGUAUCAACGAAGGAAGUGUUGGACAGGGUUUGAAAAUGGAUCAAAGUUAUAACGGAUAACAAAAUAUGCCUUUUAAUAAAAACUUUUUAGCUUAAAGCAAUAGGCAGCAAAUACAGCAAUAACAUGUCAUUGGAAAUCCAAGUCUAAAUAUACCUUUAAAUUUAAAUCUAACCCAAGUCAAUUAAGGUGUCCAGAUAAACUAGAUGGCAUAUUUAACGAGUAGACCUUCAACUGAAUAGCUAUUUAGAAAUUAGGGUAGCCAGUUUAUGGCUAAUAAUAAUUUGCAGCAAAAUUAUUAUUACUGA